AUGCCUGGUCUAGCACUGCUGAUAUCGCUGGCGGCCCUGACCGUCAGUCUGACCUACCUGUUCCUCCCAUAUUUUCUCCGAUUCAUUGCCCAGAACAUCGGAUCCACUGUUCGCGCCAGGUCACAGACAAGGAGAGAGCUGCUGCUCAAGAGGGCUGCCGAUGAAGAGAAGAUAUCCCCUUCCACAGCCAACAAGGAUCGUCUAGCCAGGGGAGACUACGCCGGAAAGCUAGCAUGUGAAUGGGAAGGCAUCAUUGGCUUCUUCCACCCCUUCUGCAAUGCAGGCGGAGGCGGCGAGCGAGUCCUCUGGGCUGCCAUCCGCGCAACCCAAGAGCGCUACCCCAAAGCCCUCUGCGUCGUCUACACGGGCGAUCACGACGUCGACAAGGACACCAUCAUCGCCAACGUCAAGAACCGCUUCAACAUUCCCCUCCACGCCCCUCGUCUCACCUUCCUCUAUCUCAGCACUCGCGACUUCCUCCUCGCUCAACACUGGCCUCACUUUACUCUCCUUGGCCAGAGCAUCGGCAGCUUGAUCGUCGGCUGGGAUGCCUUCCACCUCGUCGUCCCUGACAUCUUCAUCGAUACAAUGGGCUACGCCUUUACUGUCGCCAUGUCGCACUUCCUUUUCCCCGACGUCCCUACUGGCGCCUACGUCCACUACCCCACCAUCUCUACCGAUAUGCUAGGAAGCCUCGACGCCUCUGGCCGCGGUGUCAACGCAGGCUCAGGAAGUGGUUGGAAAGGAAAAGCCAAAAAGGCAUACUGGCACCUCUUUGCCCGUCUAUACAGUUGGAUCGGCGGCUCCAUUGACGUCGUCAUGACAAACUCGACCUGGACUCAAAACCACAUCAAAGCCCUUUGGGGCCGCACUCGUCAAAAGAGACGCUGGACACGCGACACCUGUGUCGUUUUCCCUCCUGUCGCCGUUGAAGAACUAGAACAAGAGAUUGAAGUCUCCGAGGAGUCUGAAAAGAGCAGGAGAAAGGACAUACUCUACAUUGCACAAUUCCGCCCGGAGAAGGAUCACCAAAACAUCAUCACGGCCUUUGCCGAGUUCUUGCGCCGUCAAAAGACCACCGACAAGGAUACUCCCAGAUUAGUCCUCGUAGGCUCAGUACGCGACGAAAAAGACAAGAUGCUAGUCUAUAAACUCCGCGUGCUAGCACGCGAACAACACAUUGCUGACCACGUCGACUUUGUCAUUGACGCAAAAUGGUCCCAAAUCCUGAAUCGCUUGAGAACCAGUUGGAUCGGUGUCAAUGGCAUGUGGAACGAACACUUUGGCAUCGGUGUUGUCGAGUACCAAGCCGCUGGCCUCAUCUCCGUAGUCGAUGAUAGCGGAGGCCCUAAAUACGAUAUCGUGGUCCCGAUUGAUGGAAAACCAACUGGCUUCCAUGCAAAGUCACCUGAAGAAUUUGCUGAUGGCUUUGCCAAAGCACUAAACCAGUCACCUUCAGAAACACUAGCCAUGCGCAAACGAGCAAGAACAAGCGCCAAACGCUUUUCCGAAGAAGUGUUCCGCGAUAGUUGGAAUGCACAGAUGGACAAACUUGUUCACAUGCAUGUUACGCCAGUGAACUCGCGAGCAGGUUUAUAG